AUGGAUGCUGAGGUAUCUGCAAACACUGAGCACAAUAUCGGCGGAGAAGAAUUCAACCAUCAUCUUCCCUUUGCCAAUCGACAUUAUUUCCCAGUUUCUGGCCAAAUGAUGGAACGAACGACCAGGGAAAGAAAAAGGAAGACGAAAAAGAUUCUGUUGAAUGUGCCAGCAAAAAUGUCUGUGGACUGGUGCCAGUCCAUGGACCAUGAGCUGGGGAAAACUGCUAUAAUCUUGUUGCCGUUGUGCUUCGCUGCCUGCAUGGCCAGCGUGUUCCCUGUUGGUCUCCACAAGCAGUACGUGCACCACGAGCACCUCGUGGCACCCGUGGUCCACAAGACUGCCCACGUGGCACGCAGUCAGUACCACAGCCAGGACAACUUCGGGCAGUACAGCUACGGGUACGCCGAGCCCAACGGUGCCAAGAAGGAGACUCGUCAUGCUGACGGCACCGUUGUUGACUUAGUAAUAUUUGCGGUAUGCGUUGUAUGCUGGGGCCAGAGCUGGGACACCGUAGCCAUAGGCAGCAGGCUGAGCGUAAGUCGGGUAAGCAUAAGCAGCAGCCGGGACGAAGGCGUCGACGCGCUUCGUGAGGUGGAUGUCGGGUCGUGCGACAGCAUAGGCGCCGACAGAGUGGGCCACAAUGGGAGCGGUCACGUCGUAGGCGGCCUUGACGACGGGCGCGAAGUCCUUGUGGGCGGUCGGGGCCAGGGAAGAGCGGAAGCCGUAUUCGUCAGCGACGUAGUUGUUGGUCAAGAAGGAGCCAUCGGGCAACGGGUGCUUCAAUUAAGAACCAACAACGGUGCCGUCAGCAUGACGAGUCUCCUUCUUGGCACCGUUGGGCUCGGCGUAUCCGUAGCUGUACUGCCCGAAGUUGUCCUGGCUGUGGUACUGACUGCGUGCCACGUGGGCAGUCUUGUGGACCACGGGUGCCACGAGGUGCUCGUGGUGCACGUACUGCUUGUGGAGACCAACAGGGAACGGCGUAUCCGUAGCUGUACUGCCCGAAGUUGUCCUGGCUGUGGUACUGACUGCGUGCCACGUGGGCAGUCUUGUGGACCACGGGUGCCACGAGGUGCUCGUGGUGCACGUACUGCUUGUGGAGACCGACAGGGAACACGCUGGCCAUGCAGGCAGCGAAGCACAACGGCAACAAGAUCUAUUCGCGGAUAUACAGAUACAUCCUUGUCGGAUGAGUACAAUGCAGCAGCAGAAACCGAAAUUCCAAGAAACUUGGAAACACGGAGCUGGGAGGUACGCGUCGACUCGCUUAGUGAGGUGGAUGUCUGGUCGUGGGAUGGCAUAGGCGCCGACAGAGUGCGCCAAAAUCGGGGCGGUCACGUCAUAGGCGGCCUUGACGACGGGCAAGAAGUCCUUGGGGGCGGUCGGGGCCAGGGACGAGCGGAAGCCGUGUUCGUCAGCGACGUAGUUGUUGGUCAAGAUGGAGCCAUCUGGCAACGGUGUAAAGGUGAUUUCGAACUCACGAGUAGGUGCCAACAACGGUAUGGUGAGGUGGAUGUCUGGUCGUGGGAUGGCAUAGGCGCCGACAGAGUGCGCCAAAAUCGGGGCGGUCACGUCAUAGGCGGCCUUGACGACGGGCAAGAAGUCCUUGGGGGCGGUCGGGGCCAGGGACGAGCGGAAGCCGUGUUCGUCAGCGACGUAGUUGUUGGUCAAGAUGGAGCCAUCGGGCAGGGGGUGCCUGUGAAG